AUGCGGCUUGUAGUUUAUCUCUUACUACUCGCUUCUGGUCGAUCGAUAUUGGCCUUAGGCGGACAAGGAUUGGUCAAUCCACAGAGUGCCUGCAACAUACGGUGUGAAAAUGGAGGCAUGUGUGCCUUUUCCUUCGAUAAUCCACAGUUCCAUACUUGUAUAUGUUUGAUGGGGGUGUAUGAGGGCGAAAGAUGUGAAUAUGAAGUUGGUCGGCCAAGGACAGCUCAACAGGAGCAAUUACCACCGCAGGGACAGCAACCACCUCGACAACAGCAAUCUGCACAUUCUCAACCAUCGGCGGACGAUGUUAACAAGAUGCGACAACUCGAGAUGGAGCGAUUGCGGGAAGAACAACGACGGCGAGAACAGGAACUCAAAGUAGAAGCCGAAAGGAGGAAAGUGGCCGAACAAGAGCGACAAGAAGCCGAGCGAAGAAGACAGACAGAACACCAGCGACGAGUCGGUGUGCGUCCGAUGCCAGUGCCGGAGCAGAACACCUUGGAUCAGCGACAGGAAGUUGAGCGACAAGAAGCCGAAAGGAGAAGACAGGCAGAACACCAGCGACGAGUCGGUGUGCGUCCGAUGCCGGAGCAGAACAUCGAACAGCAACAGAAAAUCGAAGAACUCCGACGACGUGACGAAGAGUUACGGAGAGCAGCCGCCAGAAGACGUGAAGAGGAAAAACGACGUGAAGAAGAGCAGCGAAGACGUGAAGGCGACGAAGACGAGCGAAGAGCGGAAGAAGAGCGACGAAAAGAGUUUGGAAGACGAGAGGAGGAUCGAAUAAGGGAAGAGCAACGGAAAGCGGAGGAACGGCGAAAGAUGGAUAGGGCCGAUAAGGAGAGAUUUAUGGAAGAGGAGAUGAAUAAGGAGGAGGAUACGGCAAUGGAGCAAGAUGAUGCUGCUACUGAGGCUAAUGUUGUGCUGGGAGAGGAUGACUAUAGGGAUUACAAGAGCGAUGAAGAAGAAGAGCAAGACGACUACCUUCAUGCAGCAGAUAAAGAACUGGAAAAGGUAGACAUCUCUAAACAAGCGGAUAUUGAACUUGGAGUCCCUCAAACAGAAAAGCCUGAACAUGAUCAUCAGCUGGGUGAGAUCGCUAAGGUGAUAGAAGCGGCAGCGGAAGAAACACUAAAGCAUCAUGACAUUGAAGAUGAGCGGGAAAGCUUGCCCUCUAAUAACGAUCAUGACAAUGAUGAUUACUGGGAUCAUUCAAUCAAACGCGAAGAUGAAGAAUACGAAGUACCGCAAGUAGUGGAUUCCGAAGAAGAGCGCGAACUUACGCCAAUUAUUGACAACUAUUUGCAAAAACACGCUAAAACCGUCGAAGCAGUAGAUGUACCUCCAACGACAAAAGUUCGAGAAUUCGCCGCCGAAGAAGGCGAAGAAGGCUGGAUGAUGAUGAAACGAGUGGACGAGAACUCGUCCGCAUUCACGCUUUCUGCCACAUUAACCGCCUUAUUUGUGAUUAUGAUAAGGUUAUACUAGGCUAUAUCGUAGUCACUUAGCCACUUGUUGUUCUUUCAUUCGUUUUUGAAAUUUUUGUUAGUUUUGUGAAAGUUUUCUCGACAUUUUCUGAAGUAGACGUUCAAAAGUUAUCACUCGAGAAAAUUUCGCAAAUAUCUUCUCAUAUUCCCAUAUUGACCAGCCCAGUGGUAAUGAAAUCAACAUCAUCAGUUUGCUACUCUCAUUUUUCUUCUGUAAAUCAUAACAGACAUUACCGGGUAUUUUACUAAAAAUUCUUGUAACUUUAAUCGUUUGUGCAAUGUCUGUAUGUUAUCAGUGUGUGCGACAUGAACUCAUUUACAUUUGUUCU